CGCAGCAGCCCCGCAGAUGGCCAUGAACCGGGCGUACGCAGUGCCACAGCAGUUCCAGGAGCAACAACAGCAGCAGCCCCAGGAACCCAAGCAGAUUAGCACGGAGCAGAUUCAGGCCAUGCUGGAUGAGAACUCGAGUCUCAUUGUGGAGAUCAUCGAGCUCAAUACGCAGAUCAAACACGGCAAGGGUACAGCGCAAUUGGGGGAGUUCACGGAGAAACUGGACAAGAAGCGAAAGAACCUCAACAAGAACCUCAUGACGCUGGCUAAGUGGGCAGACGAAUCGUCGGAGACGUCGCCGAGACAACCGCAGGUGUACGGACAAAUGGCCCAGCAGCAGCAAAAACAGCAGCAGUAUUCCCGAGCUGGUUUGAUGCAGAUGCCAAUGGCCAACCAAGCGCAGCUCCAGGCUCAAGCUCAGGCCCAAGCUCAGGCCCAAGCACAGGCGAGAGCUCAGGCACAGGCUCAUCAAGCGCGGCUUCAAGUUCAAGCCCAGGCCCAAGCUCAGGCGUACGCUCAGGCGCAAUACCAGGCACGCAUGAACCCGAUGAUGGCUCAACAGUAUGCACAAAUGAACCCGAUGGCACAACAGCAACAACAGCAGCGGUUUGCUAACGGAGGCAUGCCGUACGGUGUCCCUGGUAGUGGAGCAAUGGCGCACAAUGUUCGCAUGAGCAACGCCAUGCAGAUUCCUACCAGUUAUGGAGACAACCGAGGCGCCAUGGCCCCCAACAUGGGCUUCCAGAUGGGCCCUCAGGGCUACGGCAUGAUGCCCCCUACUCAGAUGCAGCGCAUGAACCCGGGGACGCAAGGAAUGCAGCAGCAGAGUAUGGCCCAGCAGGGUAUGCAGCAACAGAAUAUGCCUUAUCAGAGCAUGGCGAUGGCGCAGCAGAGCAUGGGGAUGCCUCAGCAGAGUAUGACCAUGCCUCAACAAAGUAUGGCUCAGCAGAGUAUGGCGAUGUCACAGCAGAACAUGUCGAUGGGCCAACAAUCAAUGAACCAGCAGGCAAUGCAGAUGCCCCAGCAGGUCAUGAAUCCUAUGCAGAUGAAUGGACCUCCGAAUUCGGGCUCUGUGGUGGAAGCCUCGGGUCAAUCGAGUAAUUAA